CUUUAAAUUUGUAAAAUGAAUGUGCAUAACUACAUUUCAUCACUGUUUACAUUGCAGGGACAACAGAGCCACAGGAUGGUGAUCUUGGCGGCCCUCUUCGUCCUCAUGACACUCCUCAUCCUGUAUGGCUCCAACAAUGUCAUCGAUGAAGUAUAUGCUCCCUUCCACGUGGCCACAAAUCAUGCGCUCAGGACCACAGAUUUGAAGAAGUGGGCUGGAAGAGAGGGUUAUGUGCCCGUUUAUGGAAACAAGAAUAUGACCCUACGCUGUCAUAACUGUGCACUGGUGACGAGCUCCAGCCACGUCCUGGGUACUGGAGCAGGAGCAGAGAUUGACCGUACGGAGUGUGUGAUUCGUAUGAAUGACGCCCCGACGAUGGGGUACGAGACUGACGUGGGGAACCAGACCUCUCUGAGGGUCGUAGCCCACUCUAGUGUGUUCAGGGUGGUCCGGAGGCCUAAUGAGUUCCUACAACGGCCAGACAGCAACCCUGUGAUUAUCUUCUGGGGACCCCCAAACAAGAUUGGGAAGGAGGCCAAAGGAACCUUGUACAGAUUGAUCCAGAGAGUCAGCAUGACCUACACCAACUUGUCUUGUUUCAGUAUCACAGCCAGCAAGAUGCGCAGAUUUGACAAUCUGUUUCACAGGGAGACGGGACGAGAUAGACAAAAAUCUCACUCAUGGUUGAGCACAGGCUGGUUCACCAUGGUUAUAGCCAUCGAGAUAUGUGAUAAUAUCAAAGUGUAUGGGAUGGUUCCACCCAACCACUGUGGUAAAAAAACUGGAUCCAAAAAGAUGCCCUACCACUACUACAAGCCCAGGGGACCUGAAGAAUGUUUAACAUACAUACAGAAUGAGGGCGGCCGAAGAGGGAACCACCAUCGCUUUAUUACAGAGAAACACGUGUUUGCACGCUGGGCAAAGCAGUACAACAUCACCUUCAUUCAUCCCACUUGGUGAAAAGUCUUUAGUGAAAACCACAAAGAGAUCUCUGCACGCACAGGAGCCUGAUUGAGUGCUAUGGGCUUCUUUCUAACUUCCCCGAAUGAGCCUUUGAAAUAGCCACAUGAUGAAUGACAGCUACUUUCAGGAAGCGCCACGAGGAUGAUAAAGCUUUUGGAAAAACCAUUAUUGGACCAAAUGACUGGAUGUCUGGGAAUGUUUUCUGUCGCGCAAAGAGGAGAAUCUCAGUUUUGAGAGGUUCCUGAAAACACUCGGCCAUCUGACAAGAAUUGUAUUGACAAUUAUGUAAAUAGAAAAGAAAAUGAAUUUAAAGAUUAAUUUUUACAUGUUUAUAAUAUUUUUGUUAUUCUGUAUUGGAAAUGCACUUAUGUUUCCCAUGUCUGGGGUGGGGGGGUCAUAUCCGCCAGCAUUCUUAUUAGAUAUGACCAAGUGGCCUACAAAACCCUAUAUUCUGUCAGAUUGCCAUUAUACAGAGAUUAUAUUCUACAGUAAGUGCAGUCAGAUUCAGCAGACCACAAAUGCAGUCUAAAUCAAUCACAUCAAGUUUAUUGUCACAUUCACAGUCAUACACAUUACAAUGUCUAAUGAAAUGAAAUCGUUGCAUUAAUCUGAUCCUAAGUAUUAGACCCAACUCUAGUUCUAUAGACACUGGUCAAGAGCAUGACUGAAGAAUCAACUUAAUAUACCGGUACAUGUUUUUGAUGUCUACAAUGUACAUUUGAGCUCCACAAUGCAAUAUGUGAGUAAUGGGGCUGGGCAACAUUUGAAAUUUUAUGAAAGCAGUGCCUGAACUGAUACCAAAAGCAUGCUUUUCCCAAUAUCUUGGCUUGAAUAAUAUCACGAUUUCCACAUACACUUUCAUUCAAAAAAAUUUGCCAAAAGCAUCAGUGUUUAUCUUUUCGUCGGUAAAACUAAAUAAGUGUCUAAAAUUGGCAAAAUGGUGAUUUAAAUUAAGAGGUGUCAGUUGUAUACUUGAGUUUACAACAGACAUCAGUGAGAGAACAGUCUGACCAAGGAUUCAAUGCCAUCCUACUUAAAUUGACUCUUGUAAAGCACUUUGUGACUUGGCGUACUUUCUGUACUUGGUGCUACAGAUGCAUUAUAAUCUGGAUUUAAACAAAAGUAAGGUUUUGAGGCUCACAAUCCAGCCCUGGGUAACCUAUGUCAUUGUCCUAGAUCACUAGGAGGAUGGAGCAUCUAGGUACCUUCAAUUUAAGGAAUUUCAUCUGUGUUGAUUCAACAGCGUCAAAUAAUUACAACCCUGUUGGUGUGUCAGUAAUUCUCAUUUGCAAUUACUGGACACAUUCAGAUUACACAAGUUUUGUGGCACCAAAUGUAUCCUAGAGAUCCACAUUUGCACAUUACACAGAAGUUCUUUAAAGUCUGUUCAUCCCAAACAAGUGAUUUACCCUCAAUUUGAUAUUACUACUGCAUUGUAAACUUUUUGCUGCACUAGAUGUUGAUUUUAAUGUUAGAGACUAUGAACGUACAAACUGCCUCAUGAACUUAAACUUUUUUUAGUUUUUUUUUUUUUUAACCUCAGUGGCAUUCCAGCGCAUGCAUCUUAAGUUCAAAUAGUCAACAGAAUGCAUCAUGGUAGUGUUAUGAUAUGUAUCAGUAUGUUGCUCUCAGUGUGAUUAAAUUAAAAGUGAAAUUGCAA